CCUGUCUCUCCAGUCCAUUUCAGUUUUUACUUUUUUUGGAUACACAGAUAUAAUUCACUUAUCUUGCCCUAAUCGCUCAUUCUCUCCUCCUCCUCCUUCGAUUUUGUGCGCCGCUGGGCUCCCCUUACUCGAGCUUCAAGAUCCCGCGACAUCAACUCUCCUGCUCCACGUGUGGCUUCUGGAAAAAUCUUGCUUGAAUUUUAUCUCCUGGACGUGAAGCAAAGGAAUUAUAUACAUCAGAAAUGGCGGUCACAUUCGUUGAUGUCAAUUCUGCUUCUGGGUUGAAAAAGCUUGACGAAUACCUUCUCACCCGCAGUUAUAUAAGUGGGUAUCAAGCUUCAAAGGACGAUAUUACGGUAUAUGCAGCCUUGGCAAAGGCCCCAUCAGCUGAAUAUGUGAACGCUUCCCGUUGGUACGAGCACAUUGAUGCUCUAUUGAGAAUCUCUGGUGUAUCUGGUGACGGAUCGGGAGUCAAAGUGGAGGGUUCUCUCCCUAUGGCAGACGAGACCAUUGCCACUCCUCCACCGGCUGACACAAAGGCUACAUCAGCUGAGGAGGAUGAUGAUGAUGUGGAUUUGUUUGGUGAAGAGACAGAAGAGGAGAAGAAGGCUGCUGAAGAACGGGCGGCUGCUGUGAAGGCAUCUUCAAAGAAGAAAGAAUCGGGGAAGUCAUCUGUUCUGUUGGAUGUGAAGCCUUGGGAUGAUGAGACAGACAUGAAAAAGCUUGAAGAAGCAGUGAGAGGAGUUCAGAUGGAAGGAUUGCUUUGGGGUGCUUCCAAACUUGUCCCUGUUGGGUACGGUAUCAAGAAAAUGCAAAUUAUGAUGACUAUAGUGGAUGACCUGGUCUCGGUUGACAGCCUCAUUGAGGAACAUCUCAUGAACGAGCCAAUUAACGAUUAUGUCCAGAGCUGUGACAUUGUGGCCUUCAAUAAAAUAUAAUCUGGGAUUCCGUGGACUUGGACUGUCCUUCCAACGGGUGAGAAGUUUGUAGUGUUAAGUGUUACUUCCGUAUCUUGAGAUGUUUUGUCUCUAGAAGCCUCCCUGUUACUCUUGUAGUGUUAUAUUUCGCCAAGCAUCUUGCCCUAAAUUAUUGUUGCCGAUGAUUUUGCAUGUAUCGGGAUCUGCAGCUUUUUGAAUAAUUUUAGAGUUGUUUUCCAAUCCUUGUAUUGGGCAUGUGUUUUCCUUUAUUAUUCGGUGUACCAAAUUAUGGCUUCCUUUUUCGGGUGAAAAUCUAUAGUUGCUUUAUUACUGAUCCAA